GCUAUGGUCGUGGUUCGCUGCUGUUGAUAUGGACCGAUCUGGCGCAAUCUCUGCUGUUGAGCUCGAGAGAGCGUUGGUCAAUGGGGAUUGGACUCCGUUUGAUCUGGACACUGUGAAGCUCUUGAUGAGCAUGUUUGACGUCGACCGGAGCGGAACAAUCGGGUUCAACGAAUUCUGUGGACUCUGGAAAUACAUCAAGGACUGGCAGAAUGUAUUCCGCCACUUCGACAGAGACCGCUCCGGCACCAUUGACCGCAACGAGCUCCGCGAAGCCCUCCGUCAAUUCGGGUUCAACCUCAGCCCACCCCUAAUCGAACUCGUCCAAGCCAAAUACGACAUCAAAGCUUCCAAUGUAGCUGGUGCCUAUGGGCCUACUCCUGGUAUCACGUUCGAUCGCUUCGUUCGCGCUUGUGUGGUUAUCAAGCAAUUGAGCGGGGCGUUCCAGGGUCUUGAUACGGAUAAUGAUGGAUGGGUGCAGAUUAAUUAUGAUCAGUUUAUGCAGACUGUUCUGUCGUUGCCUUGAAG